CAGACAAAACCAGCGCUUACUAGCAAAAUAAAAUUGGACAGGGAAGUACAGGUUACUCAAUAGAAAGGAUUUUUGUGUCGCAUGUUAGAUUUUAUACAGACUUUAUUGUCUGAAUUUUAGUAAAUCUUUAGUUCAAACUUAUCUUUGCAGUAAUCAGCUGGAGACAUGGCAUUUUCAAAUUAUAGCAGCUUAAAUCGCGCUCAGUUGACCUUCGAGUAUCUACACACUAAUUCCACAACACAUGAGUUUCUCUUUGGUGCCUUGGCUGAAUUAGUCGAUAACGCAAGGGAUGCUGAGGCUACACGAAUUGAUGUUUUUACAGUACAAAGAGAAGACUUAAGAGGUGGCUUCAUGCUUUGUUUUCUUGAUGAUGGUGCAGGAAUGGAUCCAAAUGAGGCUGCCAGUGUUAUUCAGUUUGGUCGUUCUGCUAAAAGAACCCCUGAAUCUAUCCAGAUUGGGCAGUAUGGAAACGGUUUAAAAUCUGGCUCUAUGCGAAUUGGAAAAGAUUUCAUCCUGUUCACCAAGAAAGGAGGCACAAUGACCUGUCUGUUUCUCUCUCGUACCUUUCACGAAGAAGAAGGCAUUGAUGAGGUUAUUGUCCCUCUUCCCACUUGGAAUUCUAAAACAUUUGAGCCACUGGCAGACAACAUGGAAAAAUUUGCCAUUGAGACAGAACUUAUAUAUAAAUAUUCUCCUUUUCACUCUCAAAAGGAGAUCAUGGAGCAGUUCAAAAAGAUCUCUGGUGACACAGGUACCCUGGUUGUUAUUUUCAACUUGAAACUGGUGGACUCUGGCGAGCCAGAGCUAGAUGUAGUAUCUGACCCAAAAGAUAUUCAAAUGGCUGGGACUCCACCAGAAGGAACAAAACCUGAGCGCCGUUCAUUCAGAGCUUACGCUGCUGUUCUCUAUAUUGAUCCAAGAAUGAGAAUUUUUAUUAAUGGCCACAAGGUUCAGACAAAAAGACUUUCUUGUUGUCUCUACAAUCCCAGGGUGUACAAGUAUACGUCAAACAGAUUUAAAACACGAGCAGAACAGGAAGUAAAGAAAGCAGAACACAUGGCAAAGAUAGCGGAGGAGAAGGCACGUGAGGCAGAAAGCAAAGCAAGAGCAAUAGAAUUGCAUCUUGGAGAUGACUUGAGUCGGGAAUCCAGAGCAUCUCUCAGACAAGCACAGAACCUGGCGAUAACUUUCCGAAGAGAAGCAGAUGUGAAGAAGCGGCUUAAAGAAGCCAAACAGAGAGCAUUGAAAGAGCCAAAGGAGCUAAAUUUCAUCUUUGGUGUGAAUAUUGAACGUCGAGAAUUGGAUGGAAUGUUUGUAUAUAACUGUAGUCGGUUGAUAAAAAUGUAUGAGAAGGUUGGACCUCAGCUGGAUGGCGGAAUGGCAUGUGGAGGAGUUGUGGGGGUGGUGGAUGUCCCAUAUCUUGUUCUGGAGCCCACACACAACAAGCAAGAUUUUGCAGAUGCCAAAGAAUAUAGACAUCUUUUGAAGGCUAUGGGCGAGCAUUUGGCACAGUACUGGAAAGAUGUGGGGAUAGCACAGAAAGGAAUUGUAAAAUUCUGGGAUGAGUUUGGCUAUAUAUCUGCAAACUGGAAUCAGCCUCCUUCUAAUGAGCUGCGGUAUAAACGCAGACGUGCAAUGGAGAUUCCCACAACUAUUCAGUGCGAUAUGUGCCUUAAGUGGCGAAUGCUCCCAUUCCAGUUGAGUUCUGUAGAGAAGGCAUAUCCUGAUACAUGGGUCUGUACAAUGAACCCUGACCCAGAACAAGACCGGUGUGAUGCUCCAGAGCAGAAACAAAAGCUCCCUGUUGGGAUGUUGAAAAAAGACAUAAUGUCCCAAGAAGACAAGAAGAAGCAGUUGGCUGACAAAAUCCGACAGCAACAGGAGAAAUUAGAUGCUUUAAAGAAAGUGACACCUGUGCGUUCCAGUGCAGACCUAAAGAAGCUUCCUUUGGAGGCGACAACACGUCCAGCAGAGGCCUCUCUAUCAGACAGCAGGCCACCCCGGCCAAGGUCACCGCCAUUGCCUGCAGUACUGAAGGAAGUGAUAAAACCGCCCACACCACGUAGCAGCUCAUUAAGAACAUCAAGAACAGUUACUGUAAACCGUGAACCAGCUAGCACUAAAUCCCAGCCUCAAAGUAUCACCUCUACAAAAACAAACCAUGCUGCUAAAUUUACCAACAGAACAACUCCCAUAUUAAAAUCUCCACCGCUUCCUUCUCCUUCACCACCUGCAAGACUUGCCAGGGCUACCCCAUCUCCAUCACCAUCACCAUCACCAAGUCAGAAAAACACAAGGACAAUGCUGUCAAAAAGACCAGCUCCAAGCAAAACUCCUCUGGUGAGCAGUGUGAAAAAGAGAAGCUCUCAACAGAUGGUGAUUGAGGAAGAGGAGGAUGUUGAACCAGUUGAAAUUCAUAAACCUGAGAAAGCAAAACGCUCAAAAGCACUGGACGUGAAACAGGAGAAGAGAGAGUCCACUGACAUAGAGAUGAAAGCUCCUCACACACAUUCUGACACUACUGUGCCAUUGCAGCUGGCGAGCAGCCCUGCGGAGGAAGUUGUUCAAAAUACCAAAUCUCCUCAAAAAGACAAAGGCUUACAUGUGGAAGUACGUGUUAACAAAGAGUGGUUCACUGGACGCGUGACUGCUGUAGAAACAAGCAAUCAGGGUAUUCGCUGGAAGGUGAAGUUUGAUUACGUGCCUACAGAUACAACCCCACGAGAUCGAUGGGUUGAGAAAGGAAGCGAAGAUGUGAGACUUAUGAGGCCACCCUCCCCAGAAUACCAGAUACCAGACACACAGCACGCAGAGCCUUCCACCUCUGACAGCACCAGAAUAGAACCAGACACAACAGAGCCCAAUACCAGUCCUACAUCACUGGAGUCGCUUGUACAGGUCCUUAAGAAUUGUUUGCGGUAUUUUUUGCCACCUAAUUUUCCCAUCUCUAAAACUGAACUAAGCGGUAUGAAUGCAGAGGAUCUCAUAGCAUUUCCAUUGAAAGAAUACUUCAAGCAGUACGAAGUUGGGUUGCAGAACCUGUGCAACUCUUACCAAAGCCGUGCUGAUAGUCGUGCAAAGGCCUCAGAAGAAAACCUUCGCAACUCGGAGAGAAAGCUUAAAGAAACUGAGGAGAAGCUUCAGAAACUGAGGACCAACAUAGUGUCCCUUCUGCAAAAAGUACAGGAGGAUAUAGAUAUAAAUACAGAUGAUGAGUUGGAUGCUUAUAUUGAAGACUUGAUCACACGAGGAGACUAAACUGCUCAAACCAACUGUUUAAGAAGAGCAUGGAAUCCCUGGAUUGGGUCCUGCAGUUCCCGCAGCAAAGUGCCGGCCUCUCUUAGCAGGAAGAAACGGCGUACAGUGUCAAUUUUUUGAUGUAAAAUGGUUUCGUCUGGGUUUUGUUUUUGUUUUUUUUACAUACCAGGCAUAUGCUGUUGUAAGCAAACUUUUAAGCAUUGUGGUUGAACUCAUUUGUUUAUAAAUAUUUAUUUUUUAAAAGAAA